CCUGAAGAAACCAUCAGAAACAGACAGCGCACAUUGUGUUCUGGUGGGUACGGCACGAGCGCAGAAAAUCUUUUUCACACUUACAGGGGGACGCAUGCGCAGAGAGGACACCAACUGGUUUGUGUCAAGUCGAGGCAGGCGGAUGUGAUCGAGCCAAAAAAAUCACCUGUAUUCUGGCAUUCAUGGUGACACAUCCAUGGGCUCAGAGCGGGUGGAGAUGCGUAAGAGACAGAUGCAGGUUCACCAGGAAGCAGCUGCCAGUGUCCUCCAAGCGCGCCACAGAAUGGGAAACACCCCCACCAACGCCUCAAACGCCUGCUGCUUCUGCUGGUGUUGCUGCUGUAGCUGCUCCUGUUUGACUGUUCGGAGUGAGGAUGAGACGGUCCAGAGAACAACUUUUGAGCGUAAAACAGAUGGAACCACAAACUGUGAAGAAAGCCCGGAGCCUACUCUGGAAGACGCCCGCUCCUGGUCAAUGUCGUUUGAAAAGGUGAUGAAGAGUGCAGCGGGUCGUGGCUGCUUCAGGCAGUUCCUGCGGACGGAGUUCAGCGAAGAGAACAUGAUGUUCUGGCUCGCCUGUGAGGAUCUCAAAAAGGAGACCAACAAGACUGUGGUGGAGGAGAAAGUGCGUCAGAUAUAUGAAGAUUUCAUCUCAAUCCUUUCCCCUAAAGAGGUCAGUUUGGAUUCCCGUGUUCGAGAGGUGAUAAACCGCAACAUGCUGGAGCCGACCUCGUGCACGUUUGACGACGCUCAGCAGCAGAUCUACACGCUCAUGCAGAGAGACUCAUACCCCCGCUACAUAAACUCUACUGCAUACACAGAUCUGCUGAAGAGCCUGGAGGAGCCUCCCACUGAGCCAUAGACUCUCCACUGCGACACUUAGCUUUUCAAAUUGGCGCAUGCGUCCCACCUGACGGAGUUUUGUGUGUGUUUUCCUGCUGGAGUCGUGCUAUUUAAAGAAAGACAGACAGGAAAAUGAACACUUCUUCAAACCGGUCUUUAUGCAGCUGUAACUGCUGUUUAUUUACCCAUGAUUAGCUUACCAAAACACUUGGAGCAAACAAGAACAAAUGCUAUGUCCAGCACCAGUUACUUGUUCAAAAAAACAUAUCUAUAUUUUUAUAUAUUCCCAAGCGCUUGACAUUGCACUUUUCUACCUUGUUUAUGAGGGAAAGCAUGUAUCUGUGAGCACUGCAUUUGUAUUUAGGUAUGUUGUGAGCCUUAAUGCAUAUCCAGUUCUUGUAGAAACUAGUAGAUUUUGUUUAACAGUAACUUAAGAAGAAGGAAAGUGCCUUGGAAUAAGAUCUUCUACACUCGCACCUUUUGGUCCAAAAAAAAAAAAAGAGAACAAAAAAAAGGUGUGACAACAACUUCAUAUGUUGGUGCUUUCAGCUCUUCUCAAAGAAAAUGUUUUUACAAGUUGAUGAGCUGACACCUGGGAAUAGAUCUUGUCUGUGUGUUUCAAUACUGUGAUCUUAGUCAUGAGAUAUUUAAUUUAAAGAAAACAGGGAAGAAAAAAAUACUGAACACAUGACCAUGACCACUGAUAUAUUUGUGUAUUUAAAAAGGAAUUUGUGUGAAAUAGCUAUUUUAAUUCUCACAAAUAAAGCACAAUCAUAUGUUG